AUGCAGGCCGUCUUCCGCAGUGCUCCCCGUUUUGCGCGCGCUUCCCUCGUCGCUGCGCGCCCGGUCGCGCCGCGCUUUGCUCGCCCGCAGUUCGUGCGGACGCUCGUGACUACGAAGUACACCGCGGAGCAUGAGAUCGUCCGCUUCGACGAUGAGACGGGUGUGGGGAUUGUGGGUAUCACGAACCACGCGCAGGAGGCUCUUGGGGACGUCGUGUUCGUCGAACUGCCCUCGGAGGGAUCGGACGUGAAGCUGGGAGAUCAGAUUGGUGCCGUAGAGAGUUACGCACCCAUCUCGGGUACUAUCGAGGCUGUCAACGGCGAGCUCGACUCUCAGCCCAGCUUGUUGAACAAGUCCCCUGAGGACAAGGGUUGGUUGUGCAAGAUCAAGCUCUCUGACCCCUCCGAGCUGGAGAAACUCUUGUCUGAGGAGCAGUACAAGAAGCACGUCGAGUCGGAGGAGUAG